UAGUUUGUGCUUUCAAUCCUGUCAUGCGCCUAAAAAUUAUUUUGUUUUGGUUUUGGAUUAUAAUAUUUGGCAUAAUAACUGCUUGCUUUACAGCAUUUUAUUGUUUUUGAAAACUCCUGUUUAUUGAUGUAAAAGUGAAUCCAAUUAUAUUAAAGUUAUAGGAAACCAGAAUGGCCUUUAGUGAAAUUUGUAGAAUUUGUUUAUGCAUUAAUGUACGCAUGAUUGUUCUAAAGAAGACUAGUCUCCGAAAUUUGUAUAAAACAUUGACGAACAGUUUUAUGGAUGAGGACGAGGAGCCCAUUAUUGUCUGUUUCACCUGUCAUGCAAGACUCAUUCGUUGCAGUACAUUGCAACAACAGGCUGUUGAGUCAAAAAGAGUUCUGAAGCAGUUGCUUGCAGGAGGGUCCAUGUCAAUACCAAAAGCGCAUGAGGCUAGAGAUAAGAUUCAAUUCACAUCAAUUAGUCAUAUAGAUAUCAGGCCAGUAGAGUGUGAUGUAGACAAUGAUUGUAAGGACGAUAUGUUUAGCCUUGAAUCUGUUAAAGUUGAGGAAGAGAAUUUCGAAAAUGAGAAUUACUUUGAAGAAAAUGGGAAUCAUGAAAUAGGUAAGAUAUACACAUUUUGUGAUAUUAUUAAAAUAAAGAGUGCCAAAAAACAAGAAGACUUGGAGAUUGAUGCUUUUGAAGAUAGACAUACGGAUUCGGAGAACGACUUGCCGCUAAUUGCAUUUGGUUCAAAGAGUAAAAAAGAUGAUGAUGACAUAGAAACUUCUGAGAAGAAGAUUAAAUCAAAUUCUACUGAUUGUAACAUAAACGAUGUUCGUGAAGAAAACCUCGAUUUUGAAGGCCCUACUAUUAAAUCAAACCCUAAAAUGAAAAAAGAUAAUCAAUCAAUUAAUAAAAAAGAAAAGCAUCCUGCAAAAAUAAUGAAAAAGAAAAUUUUAAAACAAAAGAGUGUAAAUAUACUUCAGAAAAAGACAUCUGGGACAUCAAUUAAAUACAUUUUUGAAUGUGAUGGUUGUAGUAAAAAAUUUCCAACAAAAGACAUUCUCGCCAAACACAUUUCAUACAGUCAUAAGACGCAAAAGAACUCAGACACCACUGCAGUUCGGACACAAGUAGAACUAACUCCAGUGCCACAACAAACAGAAAUAUUUAAUUGUGAUGUUUGCGAAUUUAAAACAUUUCAAAAACGUUGCAUUUUGUCACAUCUUAAAGCGCACGUCGCUAAACAAAUGUACUGUUGUAAUAAUUGUGAAUAUAAAUGUAUUACAAAAACUUGUUUGCAAAGACAUAUGAAAAUACACACCGGAGAAAAACCUUUUUCGUGUAAUAUCUGUGAAUAUAGAUGUAUUACAAAAAGUCGUUUGCAAGAACAUAUGAAAAGACACACUGGUGAAAAACCUUUUUCGUGUAAUGUAUGUGAAUACAGAACUUUUACAAAAUUUCAAUUGCAAACACAUAUGAGAAUACAUACCGGAGAAAAAUCUUUUUCGUGUAAUAUCUGUGAAUAUAGAUGUAUUAUAAAAAGUUCUUUGCAAAGACAUAUGAAAAUACACACCGGAGAAAAACCUUUUUCGUGUAAUAUCUGUGAAUAUAGAUGUAUUACAAAAAGUUGUUUGCAAGAACAUAUACAAAGACACACCGGUGAAAAACCUUUUUCGUGUAAUGUAUGUGAAUAUAGAUUUAUUACAAAAUUUCAAUUGCAAACACAUAUGAGAAUACAUACCGGAGAAAAAUAUUUUUCGUGUAAUAUCUGUGAAUAUAGAUGCAUUUUAAAAAGUAAUUUCCAAAGACAUAUGAAAAUACACACCGGUGAAAAACCUUUUUCGUGUAAUGUAUGUGAAUAUAGAUGUAUUACAAAAAGUUGUUUGCAAAUACAUAUGAAAAUACACACCGGUGAAAAACCUUUUUCGUGUAAUAUCUGUGAAUAUAGAUGUAUUUUAAAAAGUACUUUGCGAAUACAUAUGAAAACACACACCGGUGAAAAACCUUUUUCGUGUAAUAUCUGUGAAUAUAGAUGUAUUAGAAAAAGUAUGUUGCAAAGACAUAUGAAAAUACACACAGGUGAAAAACCUUUUUCGUGUAAUGUAUGUGAAUAUAGAUGUAUUACAAAAAGUACUUUGCGAAUACAUAUGAAAACACACACCGGUGAAAAACCUUUUUCGUGUAAUAUCUGUGAAUGUAGAUGUAUUACAAAAAGUAGUUUGCAAAUACAUAUGAAAAUACACACAGGUGAAAAACCUUUUUCGUGUAAUGUAUGUGAAUAUAGAUGUAUUACAAAAAGUACUUUGCGAAUACAUAUGAAAACACACACCGGUGAAAAACCUUUUUCGUGUAAUAUCUGUGAAUAUAGAUGUAUUAGAACAAGUAUGUUGCAAAGACAUAUGAAAAUACACACAGGUGAAAAACCUUUUUCGUGUAAUGUAUGUGAAUAUAGAUGUAGUACAAAAAGUAGUUUGCAAAGACAUGAAAACACACACCGGUGAAAAACCUUUUUCGUGUAAUAUCUGUGAAUAUAGAUGUAUUACAAAAAGUAGUUUGCAAACACAUAUGAAAGUACACACCGGUGAAAAACCUUUUUCGUGUAAUAUCUGUGAAUGUAGAUGUAUUACAAAAAGUAGUUUGCAAACACAUAUGAAAAUACACACUGGAGCAAAACCGUUUCCGUGAGCUAUGUGGGAAAAUAUGUACAAUAUUGUGUAAACGUGUUUUAUAUAAAUAUGUGUUUACCUGAUAAAAAUCUAUGUUUUGUGAUGUAAUUAUAUAACGAGUAGAAAAACGUUUCCGUGCCUUAUGUGCAACUUG